AUGCGAAGAAUGAAACGAACCAUGAUCAACGAGAAGAUGUUCGAUGCGUUUAAAGAGAGACUCGGACAAGGACGCGACGCCGGGUUUAAGAAACCGAGCGAGAAGAGAGUGUUGGCGUUAAAAGAGAGAGAUAGGAGAGUGUUCAAGAAGAAACUGAAACAGAAGAUUGGAUGGAUCUUACGCAGACGAGAACGAGGGUUUUAA